GCCAGGGAACCAGCGCGGUGCCCACGGAACUCCAGGCUGGGAUCCCGGAGCCGCAAGUGCAUCUGCUAGCGUUAGCUCUUGGCUGCCGGAUUCUCCUCCAGGGUAGCUCUGAUUCUGGGUAAUAAUGCUUGUCAGCUACCUGUUAUUAACAUUGUUCCACACUGAGACAGCAGUGUUAGCAAGACCAGGGGGAGAGAGCAUUGGCUGUGACGACUUCCUGGGCUCCGACAAGGUCGUGGACAAGUGUGGGGUGUGCGGAGGUGACAACACGGGCUGCCAGGUGGUGUCGGGAGUGUUCAAGCAUGCCCUCACCAGCCUGGGCUACCACCGCGUCGUCGAGAUUCCCCAAGGAGCCACGAAAAUUAACAUUACAGAGAUGCACAAGAGCAACAACUAUUUGGCCUUGCGAAGCCGCUCCGGCCGCUCCAUCAUCAACGGGAACUGGGCAAUUGAUCGCCCGGGGAAGUACGAGGGCGGAGGGACGAUGUUCACCUACAAGCGACCCAAUGAGAUCUCCAGCACUGCUGGGGAGUCCUUUUUGGCUGAAGGUCCCACCAAUGAGAUCCUGGAUGUCUAUAUGAUACACCAGCAGCCCAACCCAGGAGUCCACUAUGAAUACGUGAUCAUGGGGAACAAUGCCAUCAGCCCGCAGGUGCCACCCCACAGAAGACCAGGAGAACCGUUCAAUGGGCAGUUGGAAGCAGAAGACAGACGCCUGGAGGACAGAGACAACCGGGACAAGAACCAGGAGAAGGAAGACUCACAUGCCGAGGCCCCUGAGGUACUGACUUCGGCAUCCUCGCACACGCAGACUUUCUCCGUCAGGCAUCCUGACAGAUUCCCUGCCCACCGACCGGACAACUUGGUGCCACCAGCACCGCAGCCCCCCAGGAGAAGCCGGGACCACAACUGGAAGCAGCUGGGGACAACAGAAUGCUCCGCCACCUGUGGGAAGGGAUCACAGUACCCGAUCUUCCGCUGUGUGCACAGAAACACACAUGAGGAGGUUCCCGAGAGCUACUGCGACUCCAGCAUGAAGCCAACCCCGGAGGAGGAACCCUGCAACCUCUUCCCCUGCCCAGCCUUCUGGGACAUCGGGGAGUGGUCUGAGUGCAGCAAAACGUGCGGCCUGGGCAUGCAGCACCGCCAGGUUCUGUGCCGCCAGGUGUAUGCCAACCGCAGCCUGACAGUGCAGCCCUACCGCUGCCAGCACCUGGAGAAGCCUGAGACCACCAGCACCUGCCAGCUCAAGAUCUGCAGCGAGUGGCAGAUUCGGACCGACUGGACCUCGUGCUCGGUGCCCUGUGGCGUGGGGCAGCGGACCCGCGACGUGAAGUGCGUGAGCAACAUCGGGGAUGUGGUGGAUGACGAGGAGUGCAACAUGAAGCUCCGACCGAAUGACAUCGAGAACUGUGAUGUGGGGCCCUGCGCCAAGAGCUGGUUCCUUACAGAAUGGAGUGACAGGUGCUCAGCCGAGUGUGGGGCUGGCGUGAGGACUCGCACAGUGGUGUGCAUGACCAACCACGUCAGCAGCCUGCCUCUGGAAGGCUGCGGGAACAACAGGCCGGCAGAGACUACACCGUGUGACAACGGGCCCUGUGCAGGCAAGGUGGAGUGGUUCUCCGGCAGCUGGAGUCAGUGUUCCGUUGAGUGUGGCAGUGGGACACAGCAGAGGGAGGUGAUCUGUGUUAGGAAGAAUGCAGACAUCUUUGAAGUGCUAGACCCUUAUGAGUGUUCAUUCCUGGAGAAGCCUCCAAGCCAGCAGGCCUGCCACCUCAAGCCUUGUGGAGCUAAAUGGUUUAGCACAGAAUGGAGCAUGUGCUCCAAGAGUUGUCAGGGUGGAUUCCGGGUCCGGGAAGUGCGGUGUCUGUCGGAUGACAUGACCCCCGGUAGCCUCUGCGACCCCCAGUUGAAACCAGAAGAGAGAGAAUCCUGUAACCCUCAGGACUGUGUCCCUGAAGUUGAUGAAAACUGCAAGGACAAGUACUACAACUGCAAUGUGGUGGUCCAGGCGCGCCUCUGUGUCUACAACUACUACAAGACCGCCUGCUGUGCCUCCUGCACCCGCGUGGCCAACAGGCACACGGGCUUCCUGGGAAGUCGAUAACACUCCUGCUCCCCGGCAGCUGCAAGCAGUGCACCUGGCUGGCUGGUGCUCUGCCAGGGACCCCCAACUCACCUUCAUAAAGUGUACCACCUGGUACCCAGGAUGCUAGAACGCCCUUUGAGCAUCACUCCGUCCUGAUGACGCCCUUCCUUGGGAACUGGCACCUGCUAAUGGGGCCUACUGAAAACCAAGCAGUCACGUGCAUGCAGCUCUCAUCCCAACUUCAGGCUUGCUGUUGUCCAGGUCAGCCACUGGACCACUGACCCGGCACAGCCUCCUUCCUGGUGCUACUGGCCUGUCCAGAAUUAGCACCCCUUUAGAAAGUCAAGAGAGGAGAGCACCCCAUCCUACGACACCAACAAACCUUACUGAGACCUGUGCAUCCCUGUUACCUCAGCCAGCCGUGCCUGUCACCAUUCUUAAAGACAAUAGACUGUUUCCCGCCUCAGGUCAGAGGUAUCCCACAGCAGAGUGCUCUCUUGUUUAGCAGGUACAUACAUUCUCAGACCUUAGCUCACUGGAGGCCAUAGUGUCCCAGAACGGGAAGCAGGGGUUGAAUAAGUGCUCCUACUUGACAAGGAAUGAGGCUCAACUCAGAUGACUGAGCUGGCCAUUUUGUGCCAGGGCUGAGUGCCUACCUCAGAUGCCUGAGCAUAACCUCACCCCACAGUGCCUCCAGUGGCCAGCCUGGGGCCUGUCCACUGGCCUAUAGCCUGAAGAAUGAGUGGGCUUCCUAUCUGACCAGGGGGUCGAGUUGUAUUUUAUGAAUGGAGCCCAAGCUUCUGAAGCCCUUCCUCUGUCCCCAAGUGCUGCCUCACCUGAGUAUUUAGUCCUUUGAAGAUGUCUGCACCCCUGUUCCCCUUCCCUAAGUCGCAGCUCCUGCUGACAGGACUCUGUGGUGUUUGCUAAGUUCCGUCCUCAACAGAACUUUCCCACAAGACAGAAAAGCCACAGGGAGAGCAAGAAUGUGGCCAGGGGUUUUCUGGGGCACUCUGGAGCUGGAACAAAUUCCCAAAUCCCACAAGCUUUAGUUCCGCCAUCUCUCCUGGAUUCUCUGUGGUGUAUCCCCUGCUGGAAAGCCAAGCCAAUAGUCCCAGGAAAUCUCCACGUUGCAAUAGGAGGAGUCUUAUUUGGGCCUUGUGGGUUGAUUAAAGGGUUUCUUGCUGGUAGUCGCACAUCCCUCCCUACUCUCCCUCUCCUCUCUCCCUCCCGUUCCCCUGUGACUCAUGACUCUUACUUCCCACAAGACUUGACCAUCAAGAUCAGUUUUAAUGAUGUGGGUCUUGGAGAAGGAACUCUGAAGUCCUUCCCAUCUUCACUGACACACUUUAGCCGACUAUAAUUCCAGAGGCCCCAGGCCUGAAGGGACUCGGUGCAUAUUGAAAGGUGAACCAUCUCUGGAGAUUGGGGGAGACAAUUAAGAGGAAUAUUCUUUUCUUAAAAAUUGUAAACUUACAGAAAUUGUCUUGUUUCGGGUCCUGUGCAUGUUUCUCUUAAAGCAGGCAUGUACCAUAUCACAGGGUCUCUCCAUGCGCUCAUUACCUGCCCCAGCCAGCGUGGCAAUCAUUCCCAGCCAUGGGGCUAAUGUCGCCUGUCUGGUCUGACACACUCUGUCAGGAUCACUGACUUUGGCUUUCUGUGAGUAUCUCCAGCAUCUCUCUCUGCUUGGAAAGCUUGGCACCACAUCCAUCAGCAGCUCCACCUCUCCUCGUGUUCCUAUGGCAUGUAGACACACAGCCUGGCAGAGACUAUGCCAACCAUGCUAAAUACCAGGAGAAGCCGUUGCACACACAGUUUCUGUCCAGUUUCCUCCCUGUUUCUCUCACUGCAUGCUUUCGCCUGUCCCAGGAACCUUUCCUUCAUGCAGCCAUUGUCAGACCUUGCUGGACAAGCCAGUCAUCUGAAGAAUUCACUGGAAGGUGUUCGUGUGCAUGCCAGAGGGUAAGGCCUGCAAGAUCUGUUGGUUAAAGCAAAGCCUGGCAUUAGCUCCCGGGAAGGAAAAUGUACUAGCAACUCAAGCCACCCAGCGCCAGGCUAACAGGGAAUAAAGGCCUUCUCUGUGGAGAGUGGACCUCUUGGUCCUUCCAGCUCGCAAAUUCUCAGGGCUGGGCUGGGUUGACGAUGGCUUUGUCUAUCCUGUGUCUCAGGCAUCACCUCAGAGUUCUUCUACGAAGGACAGUGAUCCUCCUGUAGAAUGGGGGUGAUCAGAGCAAAGGGGGCAGGCCCUGGUCUUCAGGCAAAGAAAAGAAACAUCUCUCCUGAGUUCAGUGGAAUUCCCCAGAAAAAUGAGCUGUCCUUGGGAGGCCAGUCCCCUUUAAAAGGUUAUGGAUUUCUAGAAUGGGGUUGAUAAACCUCUUUGUUGUAGAAGGCCAAUCUUGCAAAUAUGUCCUGGUUUCUUCCACCGUCUUCAUGACUUUCUCCCUUCUGUAGUGUGUGCAGUAGGGCCCUGGGGAUCCCCAGUGAUUACCAGGGAGGGGACACCAGUGCCUGCAGAUGAUCCUUUAUCUGCCAUCCCCUUCUUGGGCCACUCCACAUCCCCUUCAUUGACUGUGACAUGGAAUUGAAACAUAUUACAACACUGAUUUCCCGCCCCUCACCCCGUGUGCCAGAGGCCACAUCCCUAGCUCUGAGUGAAAAACUAGAUAAAUUAAAGUUUCUGUGUAGUCUUUCUCAACAAAAAUCAGCAAAGCCCCAAAUUAAAAGUCUGUGCUGAUUGUCUUCCACUCACUGGAAGAAGAACCUUCCUUGCAGCCCCUGCGGAAUCUAUUUCGGUUCACCUUCCAGGGCCUGCAGGAAAUAUGCUACCCGACCACUAGAGGGAGCAGUUCUCUGUUCAUAAACCAUGCUCACCCUAUUAAGAAGCCAGAGGAUCUCUCAGCAUCUCUCAGUGGCUCAGGGAGGGAGUUCUCAUAACUGCGCCAGCUACUCCUUUGCAUUACUUCUUCUCAGCCCAGGAUUUCUGUGUUUUUCUUCCCGCCUUGCUUUUAGUACGUUCCAUCCGUUGGUUCUCUAAGCGUUUACACACAACACUCUCUCGGUAAAGAUAGACUUCUAGAGGGCUCACUCAACUAGUGUGGUGUGGAGAACUCUAGAUACUGCUAACACCUGUCCAAGAUAGUCUCCUCGUCUUAUUAAUAGCUGUCUUAGAGUUGGCAUAUUAGUUUUCCCAUGUGAGGAACAAAAUGAAAGACUACAUUGCAACAGGGUGAUGACCAGCGUCUGAUCCUUGACAGAUGAACAUUGCGUGUGUAGCCUGGAUGUCUUAGCAGAAAACUGGCCGAUGCCCUGGCCGUGGAGAGCCAAGAGCCAGAGCAAGAAGAGUCUAAAAUAUUUAUAAAGGAAAUUAAAAAAAAAAAAGUAAAGAGAAAGCCCAGACCUCAACAGUUCGCUGGAAAGCAGCUAAAGUCCUACCUUUGGAUUAAAAGAAUAACUGUUCAGUCGAAAAAAUGACAGAAAGGGAAGAAUUUCAGCUAAUAUCAAUGUGAGUCAGGAAAGUGGGGAGGAAGCGGCAAGAUAUAACUGACCCCAGGACUAGCAAGUUAGCGCAAUUGACAAAGUGCUGAGACAAAGACUGAGCCCAGGUCUCAGAGCCCACAUGCAAAAAAGCCAGAUGUGAUGUACUCACUUGUAAUCCCAGCAUGGGAGAGGCAGAGACAGGUGGAUCCCUGGGGCUCAGCAGCUGGCCAGCCCAACCUACUGGGCAAGCUCCAGGCCAGUGAGAGACCGUGCCUCAAAAAACACUGUGGAUGACAGCUGAAGCCUAAGAGUCGAUGUCCUCUGACCUCCACAUGCACACACAUACGUGUAUCUGUAUAUGCCAUGCCACACGCCACCAAGGCCACAGAGGAAACAUAGAUGGGAGUCAUGGUCCAUGUGUCUGUGAAGACUACCGCUCCUAUGUAACGUUCAGGUGUGGUUUUCAAUCCCGAUAAAGAGGACAGACUCUUAGAGACAGCGUGGUGGACUUCAGAGGUGCGACAUCGCAGAAGAGACACCACGAGAACCCUCAGUGGAACAGAAUAGCAAACUUCUGCAAGCUGAUGUAGAUCUAUGGGGGCAGGGCUGCUGGGGACAGUCACCCCUUAGGGGUGGCAGCUGAGACAGGACAGGUGUGUCAGGAUGUGGGAAGGGAUCAGAUAUCUUUCUCAGCAACUCGCUGCUCAAGGUCAUCUCCAAGUCCAGGGUUUGGUGGCUCUCCAAGUGGCGCAGCUCUGGGUGGUGCAUCUGCUUAGUGACAGCAAGUGACAGCUGCUACCACCUUGUCACCAUCUGAAACCCAUUCGUGCCCCUUCCUGUGAACAGCAUGUGACCUCAUAUGGCAGCCACUGGCAACCUAGUCAGAGCCAUCCCCAUGUCUGCUUCACAAAGGGACACAGAGACAUGAGGGGCAGCUAGCUGCCUGCCUGGGGUCAUAUGCCUCCAUGGAGGCCGCUUUGACUAGUCUGGGCCACUCACCGCCAGUCUCUUUUGUAAGAACACCUUUCCUUGCUGACAAAGAGUAACCCUCAAUCCUAAACCAUCCUUUAUGUCCGAAUCCUUGUUCCGGUGGGAUGCCCAUCACGUUGUAGAAAGUAACCCCAAGAAUGUGGAAGCACCCCGCCUCCUGAGAGGAUGAGCCCCUGGCCUGAGUGAGAGACAAAUCCAUUCUGUCACACCCAUUAACUCUCCCCUUCCUGCUCCCCAGCCCCCCAACAUCCACCCGACAGAAGGAUAUACUUUGCUAUAACUUAUUAUUAUGUUCUCUGUAAAUACAAGAUGUUUAUAGGAAAAGUGUAUUCUGAACUAUAUCUGCAGAGUGGCUCUGUUUAUUUAGAAUAUGUUCAUUGUUAAAGGGACCCAAUAGGUAUUUAUUUACAUAUGCCAUCCAUAUUUCAUAAAAUCAUUUGAUCAUACUAACCCAGCCUCCUGGUAUAUGGCUGCACCACGGUGUCUUAUUCUAAGUCAAUCUUAAUAGUCGUUUAGUACAGUGAUUGGCCAAACUUUUGGAAGUUUAAGAUCAAUUAUAAAUGACUCUGCUUUUGACAUAUUCAGGGGUUCCUCCGCCAGUAUUGUGCCUAAGAUUGCCACCUUUCUGUCUUAAAUAUUCUAUUUUUUUUUUCAUAUAAUCUGCCCUUUCCUCACACCCAAACACUCGGAGAAGGGCAGGUGGCUUGUGUUUCUCUUUCCUUUUCAGUGUGGCCCACUGUUAGCUUCACCGGCCUCAUUCCUCAGGUCAGAGCUGUGGACAACCUGGGCUGAAGGGACUGUGAGAGGCUUGGGGACUUGUGGCAGUCUCUCAGCUCUGAUGACAACCCCAGGGUUCCUGUUGGGGGCUCCUGGGGCCAGGGCCUCAAGGCUGACCUGUGGACUGCAGAGCCGGGAGCGAGAAGCCCACUGGGGAACUGAGGACAACACCAGUCUGUGUCUCCUUUACAGUGUUAAAUUAUUAUGGAAGGAGGAGACGAGCAGAAGGUGAAUUAUAUGAGCAAAUAUGGGCUGUUUUCAGUACUAUUUUGUGUACAACUAAUUUAUUUUUAUUGUAAAAAAAAUACAAUAAACUGGGUAAAUAGUUAA